CACCGAACUGAAUGAGCAGCUCAGUCACGUCGGGCGCGUGGAUGGCGCGGCAGUUUUUACUUGCCGACUGUCAUGCAUAAUCGCUUGACAGAGGAAAACGGCGGCAACACCAUGCAGUCUUUAUUGUCUGUGGCUCACUCUCCCGGGAUACCUACAGCCGUUUCAUUCAUGUGGAAAUCAGGAAAUCCACAGUCGUCCAACUGGUCGGGGCUGGAGAGGGAAAACGCGACUAGUCUCGGCGAUUUGGACACAUUUGAUAACCGGCGCGCACAGUAUGGCCAGUUUACUCCAUCCACCUCAAUAUUCCUGACAGUUCUCAUGACACUGCUGGUGUUCGCCACGGUUCUCGGGAACGCGCUUGUCAUUUUAGCUUUUGUGGUUGAGAAAAGUUUACGCACACAAGGCAACUUUUUCUUUUUAAAUUUGGCCAUAGCGGACUUUCUUGUCGGUGGGUUUUGCAUCCCCGUGUAUAUUCCCUAUGUCCUGACGGGUGAGUGGAGGCUGGGCAGAGGUCUGUGUAAACUGUGGCUGGUAGUGGAUUAUAUGUUGUGCACCGCCUCAGUCUUCAACAUCGUGCUCAUCAGUUUCGACAGGUUUCAGUCCGUCACUAAAGCGGUGAGUUACCAUUGCCAGAAGGGGAUCACCAGAGAGGCUGUUUUGAAGAUGCUCUGCGUGUGGCUGGCAGCGUUCCUUCUUUAUGGUCCAGCUAUUAUCAGUUGGGAACACAUCGCAGGAGGAAGCGUAGUGCCAGAUGGAGAGUGCUAUGCCGAAUUUUACUUCAACUGGUAUUUUCUGAUGACUGCCUCAACUGUCGAGUUCUUUACCCCUUUCAUAAGUGUCACUUAUUUCAACCUCAGCAUUUACAUCAACAUCCGCAACAGGUGCGCAGUGAGAGAAGAACAGCCGACUCACAUUCGGCUUAGGAGCCUCAAAAUGAGGCCGCUCAGAGCCGGUGAUGUACAGCGCGUGUUUUUUGUGAGGCCUGUAGAGGAAAGUGGGGCCGCAAAUUUGUCCUCGAGGUCACAGUGCUGUCGGUUAGCUUCUAAUGCAAAGGUGUCCGCCGCCGAGUUCGCCAAUGGCAGACAGACUAAACGAAGAGACAGCACUAUUGCAGACUUGCCUCCUCUGCAGGUCGGAGACCGGCUCCUGCCAUCCAGUGAGGCACAGUUUCAUUAUGUGGAUCAUUCGGCUGGAUCACACAGACAUCGCCCUGAUAUGGUUGCCAGUCUAUCCAGCCGCUUUCGCCUAUCUAGAGAUAAGAAGGUGGCAAAGUCUUUAGCUGUAAUAGUUUGUGUUUUUGGACUCUGUUGGGCACCCUACACACUGUUGAUGAUCAUUCGGGCAGCAUGUCACGGUCAGUGCGUCCAGCACUACCUUUAUGAGAUCUCGUUCUGGCUGCUGUGGAUAAACUCAUCCAUCAAUCCAAUCCUGUAUCCUCUGUGCCACAGCAGCUUUAAAAGAGCCUUCAGCAAAUUACUAUGUCCGAGCAAAAUAAAAAUACAACCUCAGAACAUCGACCAGAAGUAUUAAAUUUAUGAGGAUGACCUUGUUUACAAAUGGGGCUAGUCCCCCCCUACCCUGUUUAAUG